AUAAAAAAAAAAUAAAGGUAAAUGGAAAGAAAAGAAAAGGAAGGGAAAGAAGAAAAAUAGAGGGCGGAGAGAGAUUAUUAGCUAGAGUUUUUCCCUCAAUUUCUAAGUAGCCAUGACUUCAAAAUUCCCGCUACUUACAACUCCUCCUUGAAGGUGAGUGUUGGGUUUGUUGUUAGGGAGAGAAACCAAGCAUUUAGAGAGAAAAAACAAAGGGGUAAAAUUGAAGUUCACUUUUUUUAGGCCAAAUAAGUAAAAGAUGGCAAUGAUGCAGGAUAUCAUCCUUAUCCUCAUCGUCUAAACUUUCCACAGACAUAAAGUUUGGCUGAUUUAAUGGUUGGAGGAAGGAGAACAGAAGAGAGAGAAACAAAUGGGGAAAAGCCUUGAACUGGCUAAACUGGAGCUCAUUUGCGAGUGUGGUGGGUACCAGCAGACUCAGGAAGUCGAGGCACAUCUGUUGUAGUGGGUCGACAGUUGUCAGAGCUCCAGUAGCCCCGUGUGGGCGCCACGUGCUACCUCGAGUGGUAGCGGGAUUAUCAAUCAAGCCAUGGAAGUUCUAGUUUCAAUAUUUGGAAAAAUUGGAGAGUGCCUUGUUGACAAUUGGGCGUCAAUUUGGCUACUGUAUUCUCUACCAAAGGAACAUAGAUAUUCUCAGUGAGCAAGUUCAAAUACUAGAGGCAGCACGAGAAGGUAAAGAGUCAUCGAUAAAUACAGCAAAAAGAAAUGGUCAGGUUAUCAGAAGUGAGGUUCAGAACUGGACAUCGAGAGCUGAUGGAGCCAUUUCAGAGGCUACAGAAUUACUACAAGUUGUCAAGGAAGUGAGGUUUCUUGAUUUGAUUUCUCGUUAACGGCUGGGAAGGAAAGUUGUAAAGAAAGUAAUAGCGAUUAAGUAGCUUAGAAAAGAUGGUGAGUUUCCUCAGGUUGGCAUGGAUGCUCCUCCUCCGGGGGUGCUUUCCAUGCCAUCUGAAGAUCUUGUGAUUUUUUAAAGCAGAAAAAAUUAUAUGCGACAGAUCAUGGAGGCAUUGAAGGAUGAAAGAAUAAAUUUUAUUGGGAUACAUGGAAUGGGAGGGGUCGGUAAAACCACUCUGGUGAAAGAAUUUGCCAAAGAGGUUGAACAAGAUAAGCUCUUUGAUGCUGUUGUGAUGGCUGUAGUGUCACAGACUAUUUCAGUGAGAAGGAUUCAGGAGCAGAUAGCAGAAAUUUUGGGUUUGGAUUUCAAGCAGACAAUUACGGAAGAAGGAAGAGCAAGGUUGUUGACUAAUAGACUGAAGAAAGAGAAUAAAACCCUCAUUAUCUUGGAUGAUAUUUGGAAAGGACCUCAACUUGCAGACAUAGGCAUUCCAUUUGGUAGUGAUCAUAUGGGCUGUAAAAUUAUGAUCAUGACCGACAUAAACAAGUGUGCAAUACAAUGGCCCCAACAAGUGUCGAUGCUAUAAAGAUCAUCCAGGUUGAUGUUCUAUCAGAACAAGAAUCCUGGAGCUUGCUUAAGAGGAAUGCCGGUGAUGCGAUUGAAUCGUCUCCCACAAUGAAUUCGGUGGCAAAGGAGAUUUGCAAAGAAUGUGGAGGCUUACCGAUAGCGAUUGUAACAAUUGGGAGGGCAAUGAGAGGCAAAGAUUUGGAAGAAUGGAAAGAGACAGCUCUAGAACUUAAGAAAGCUAAGCCUUUGAACAUUGAAGGCGUGAAUGAUAAAGUGUAUAACUGCCUUAAAUUAAGCUAUGAUUACUUGGAGGAGGAGGAAGCCAAGUUUAUGUUCUGGUUUUGCUGUUUAUUUCCCGAGGAUUUUGAUAUUCUUAUUGAGGAUUUGGUAAGAUAUGGGAUUGGUUUAGGAAUAUUUGAAGAUGUGAGAAUACAGGAACCAAGAAAUAGAGCUCGUUCUAUCAUCAAUAAUCUCAAAGAAGCAUGUUUAUUAUUAACAAGCAACUGGGAAGGCUGCAUCAAGAUGCAUGAUGUUGUUCGUGAUGUGGCCAAAUCAAUGACAUCUGAAAUGUAUUUUGUGAAAGCUGGUGGGGAAAAGCUUGAGGAAUGGCCAAAUAUUGAAAAUUUAAAACGUUACACUGCCAUCUCAAUUAUGCAAAAUCAAAUUCUCGAAUAUCCUGCUUCCUGGGAUUACCCAAACCUACAAACAUUGUUGUUAAGAGAUAACUCCAAUUCGCAAUUGCCUAUGCCAGAAGGAGUCCUCAAAGGGAUGAAAACCCUUAAAGUUCUUGCCAAUAUUUCUGCUUGUAGGAACUUGGAGCUAGCAAUUGGUCAUCUCACAAAUCUUCGGACACUGAUUCUCCACGAUUAUAUAGUGCGUGAUACGAAUGCAUUGGGAGAACUAAAGUUGCUAGAAAUUCUUAGUUUCAAAGGAAGUAGAUUUACGGUGCCUCCAAGUGCAGUAAGAAAGUUGACUAGUCUAAAGUUGGUGGAUUUAGAAAAUUGUUCCCAUCCUCCACACACGGAUUCUAUACUCCCUUUUAAUGUCGUAUCCAAGUUAUCCAAAGUUCAAGAGUUGUACAUGUGGCCUCCUAGAACGUCACUGUUUGAUAGGUUUGGCGUCUUUGAAUGGUUUAGUAUAACUGAAUUGAAAUCCCUGCCUUGCUUAACUGCAUUCGCAAUUGUUAUAAACAAUUUUAAUCGCAUACCUGUAGGCUUCUCUUUCCCUGAUUUGAAGGUUUUCAAAAUGUCCAUAGGAGAAGGUGGUUUUUUAACUAAACAAAAUUAUUUGAACCUUUGCGGUCCAAUCGAAGAUCCAACAAUGGUGGUUACCAAGUUAGGUUGCAUCAAGCCAUUACUGCCAAGAACAAAUUAUCUUUCUCUAUCUUCAUAUUAAGGAAUAUCUUUCCCCAUCUAUUGUCAGAUAGAGAUAAGUUUACCUGUCUUGAGAUCUCUGGAUGUCAAAGACUGCUCCAAGCUCGAGUACUUGAUCAAUGCUGAAGAAUGGGACAUUCCUCCCACAACACAGCGGCAGGGAACUUGUUUGGUGGACCUUGAAACAUUGUCGCUUUCAGGUUUGAGAGCCCUAAAAUUAUUAUGCAAAGGUGAGCUACCCUAUGAAAUGUCCUUGUCCAUGAAGAAGCUCAAACAGUUGUUUUAUGUGUGCCCAAAAUUGUCGAAUGUUUUUGCUUCGCUUAAUCCGCAGCUACAAUUGAAGGAACUUGAAAUUCUCCAAGUGGGUUAUUGCCAUGCUCUAGAGUAUAUAUUUGAGAAGAAAGAAGAUGCAUCCCCCCGUUUAAGAGAACUUAAGUUGGAGGGUUUGGUUAGACUAAAGCACAUAUAUAGGUGCUCUACUGAGCUACUUGACCUGCACAAUCUAGAGUUUCUACAGAUUAAAGAAUGCAACAAACUAAAAGUCAUCCUUCCUGCAUCUGCUGCUAGAAGACUUGGGAAACCGAAAGAACUGCAUCUGUAUAAUUGUUUUCAGUUGGAAGCUGUUCUUGCAAAACAUCAAGAAGGAGAAACCUGUGAGAGUUUGGUGUUCUCUCAACUAAGAGUGCUUUCACUAUAUGACCUUCCCAACCUUACAGGUUUUUGCACGGAUUGUAGCUUGACUUUCAAAUGGCCAUCCUUGGAAAAGGUGGAGGUGGCUCUCUGUCCCCAAAUGCAGAUGUUUGCUGCUGUUGUGGCUUCUGAUGGAGACUCGAGCACACCAAAGUUGAAGAUGAUCAAGGUGGGUGGUGUUAACAUAAUGCUUGAUGGAACAGACAUAAACAGAGUUAUGCAAGGCCACUAGAGGCAAGGUAUAGAUCAUCUUUAUAAUGCUAACAUCAGAAUAUAUAUAUAUAUAUAUAUAUAUUUGAAGUUUUUAGAUUUUAUAUGUCAGACUUUAUGUCACAAGCAAUGAAUAUUUGGUUCAGGGAACUGCAGGUCCUAGUAACUGACCAUAAAAGCUGUGUCCAGGGAACACAAAUAAAAUGGAAGGGUAUUGUAUAAACUUGUUGAUGUUCUCAUUUAUCUGACUAGGAGUUUUUAUUAUUGGAUUUGUCCCCUUCUAAAAUAUUGUUGUUAUUGUUGCCAUAUUUUUUUGUUCCAGUGCUAGGUUAUUUCUAUUUUGAAGGCCAAGCUCUCUUCUCAUGACACCACUGCUGCAAAAGAGGCUCUUCGCAGUGUUUCUAGUUUGAGAAGCAUGAUAAUUAAGAGCUUUUGCUUAGUGGUACUAGAGUUAUCUAAAGAGUUACAAGGUCUUGAGUUCGAAUCCUAAUUAAAACUAAAUGAAUAAAAAAGAAUUAAGGAGCAUGAUAUUUAGCAUUAAAUAAAGGCCAUAUAUCUAUCAUAGAUAAUGAUUGGAUAUGUGCAGCUUGCUCUUUGUAAUCAGUUGACUUCUUGUAAUUUCUUGUUCUUCAAAGCAUGCUAUUUUUAUUGUUAGUCUCUUUUCCAUCAUUCUGUUAUGCUCAUUGAUAAUUUUCAUAAGCAUGAUACCACAAAGCACAUAUUAAUUAGAACCAGCCUACAGAGGGUUAAUUUGCAAAUUAUAGGGGGCAAUGAAUGUAUUAAGCCUAUAAUUUAUGAGUCCAUUAGUCACAAAUUGGUAAUCUGUGAAUAAAUGGAUAUGUGUAGUGUGUGUGCUGUUCAUAAUCAGUUGUGCAAAUGUCUUUUUGUAUUCUGUAAUGCUAUUCUUAACCUCAUUAUAUUAGAGAAUUACAUAUUUAGAGAAAAGCCUGUGUUUUACUUUUGAUAUUGAGUUGCUGUUCAAAAUAUUUGUAGAUUUUUAUAACUUAUAAUGCAUUGUACUUCUUCUUCAGGUAAUUGAUUUCUCUUCAGUUUAUUUUCAUGAUGGUCUUGGACUUCCAGGUCAGGUUAUUGUAGCAAACUCGAUCAGAUGGAAUUCUCAUAGACAUGUAAAAUAAUUAUGAUAAAAACUAUCAUUAUUAAAAAUCUUUAUGCAUACUGCAUUUUAUUGUGCUUUUCUCACA